GAUUCUAGCGGCAGUGGAGUGCGUGGAGAGACUGUGAAGCGUCGUAAGGAGGAAUACCUCAUUUUGAUCCAGUUUGAAUCUGAAUCUGCUGGCAUGCUGAAUCCCGUCAGGUUGACAUCUGAAAUCAAAUCAGCUCUAGGGGAUGUGGCCGGAGCUAAGGUGUUGAGAGGAGUAGGUGGCGGUAAUGCACCUUCAGUUGGUCUGCCAUCCGCCAUAAACCUGAAAGAAGAAGAAGAAGAAGAAGAAGGCGCUGCUGAGUGAGGCGCAGCGGCGCGGGAGGAGCGUGCGGCGUGUUUCCGGUAAGAACAGGCCGAGAAACAUCAGUCCGGUUACGGUAAAACCCCCCGUUAAACACGGAGCCGCAGCUUUAAACCGAUUUAAACUAAUGUAAUCCGCGCGCCCGGAGCCCAGGCUGAUUAUCCGGGUCCUACAGGGGGUGAUCAUCGGUCAGCAGCGGGGGAAACGGGGCCGGGGAACGGGCGGCGAUGGAAGCCGAGUUUCGGGAAAUUGACGAGUCCGGGAACUGGAACGCCAUUUACCAGGAAAUCAGACAGCAGUCAAGUGAGCUGCCCUGCAGGAUCGCCAAACUUCCAGAAAACAGAAGCCGCAAUCGAUACAGAGAUGUCAGCCCAUUUGAUCACAGUCGGAUCCCGCUGCAGUUGGGCAGUAAUGACUACAUUAAUGCGAGUCUGAUCUCGAUGGAAGAGGCACAGAGAAGCUACAUUCUCACUCAGGGUCCGUUACCGAACACAUGUGGUCAUUUCUGGGAGAUGGUUUGGGAGCAGGGGACCCGGGGGGUGGUCAUGCUGAACCGGGUCAUUGAAAAGGGUUCGGUGAAGUGUGCGCAGUACUGGCCACAGAAGGAGGAGCGGGAGGCGAUUUUUCAGGACACAAACUUCAAGCUGACUCUGAUCUCAGAAGAUGUGAAGUCCUACUACACAGUCCGGCAGCUGGAGCUGGAGAAUCUAUCAACUCAGGAAACCAGGGAGAUUCUCCAUUUUCACUACACCACCUGGCCAGACUUCGGUGUGCCCGAGUCUCCGGCCUCCUUCCUCAACUUCCUGUUUAAGGUUCGGGAGUCGGGCUGUCUAAACUCUGAACACGGGCCCGUGGUGGUCCACUGCAGCGCCGGCAUCGGCCGCUCCGGAACCUUCUGCCUUGCAGAUACCUGCCUCCUGCUGAUGUCUCUACGGAAAGACCCGUCCUCAGUCCGGAUUAAGGACGUUCUAUUGGAUAUGAGGCGGUACCGGAUGGGUCUGAUCCAAACAGCGGACCAGCUCCGAUUCUCCUACCUCGCCGUUAUUGAGGGAGCAAAAUCCAUCAUGGGGGACACGUCUGUGCAGGAGUCAUGGAAAGAGUUAUCGAAUGAGGAAGACCCUCCCCCCGAGUUUACUCCCCCGCCUCGGCCACGCCCCCCAAAAGAUCCGCACAACGGAACGGGCGACCCUGUAAAAGAGACCACGCCUCGAUUCUUUCCCGAGAACGAGAUGAUACAGCAAAGGAAUGAGAUCCACACACACAGUGCCCCUCCAGAGACAGCUCUGCGCAGACGGCCGGUGGCAGCCGGUGCAGACGAGGUGCAGGUCACCAGUGUGACUAAACUGCCUGAAGAUCAGUGUGAUCACGCCAACGCUGUAAAGCCAAGUCACGCCUCCCCGGAGACGACGCACCUGACUGACCACACAGAACCCACGGAACCGUCAGAACCUCCGGCCAAACCCGCACGGUCGCCCCCGCCCCCGGAGACCUGCUCCACCCUGCCUGAGGGGGACGCUGCCCGCGAGUGGAGCCCCAUGCUGACCAGCGCCUGCGUCUGCACAGCACUCGUCCUGGGUGCCUACGUCGGUUACCGCGCCUGUUUCCACUGAGCUCUUUCUUUCUCUCUCACUCUCUCUUUCUUUAAUUCUCUCUCUCUAAUUCUCUCUCUCUCUCUCUCUCUCUCUCUCUCUCUGUUUCUGCCCGUCUUCCUUCUCUCUCUCUCUCUCUCUUUCUCUCUCUCUCUCUCUCUCUCUCUCUCUCUCUCGUCUUUCUUUGAGGGAUGGGCAAAAAUAAAAUAGGUUCUGCUGGCCAGCCAGCCCUCUCUACCUCCUCUGAGAGAUGAUGGAGGGAGAAAAAGAGAAAGAGUGAGAGAGACAUACCGUUACUAAAGGAGAAAGAGAGAGAAAGUGAUGAAGAUGGAUGGAUGGAGGAGGAGGAGGAAGAGGAGGGAUAUUUGCCAAUGAGGCCUGUCUCUGUAUUUGUUUAACCCCGCCCCUUCACAUCCACAGCCCAACCCACUUCCACUCUGUUUUCCUGUGCAGGUUAGGCGCUUGUGGGCGGGGCUUGUGGUGGGUGUGGAAAAAAAAAAAAAAAAAAAAAAAGACUUUUUUUCGACUUUCUCAGCCAAACUGCUGUUGUGCCCCCACCAAACACACAUACACACACAUACACAUUCUCUCUCUCUCUCACACACACACACACACACACGUACACAUACGUACACACAGCCGCUUUUCCACUGCAGUGCCGAACAGUUGUGAGCAUGGAAUUUUUCACGAUUUUGGACACUUUUCGGCACGACGGGCUUACAAACUGGGCGGAGACUGGUUUUCUCAGCACAGUUAACUAACCAAACGAUGGCAUCAGCUGAUUGGCUGUCUGAGCCUUGCUAAAGGCUAAUUUAUACUUCUGUGUCGAGUCAAUGGGCUGUCUAUGGCACAGCCUGUGCGAGCGCCCCAUGCAGCUGCCCAUAUUUGUAGUUAUUUGUCAAGCUACGACGUAGCCAAUCACAGCUGCAGCUGUUCACGUCACAUUUCUGGGGAGGUGCCCACCGGCUACGACAUUGGCUUGACGCAAAAUUAUAAAUUGGCCUUAAGUUUGCGGUAUAUGGCGUCAUAACGCCUCAGUAAAGGUAUGUUGGAUGUUGGAUGAGGCCAGUAGCCAGUGUGCUAAUGCAGCUAGAUCAAGGUAGGAUGAGGCCAGUUUCCAGCAUGCUAACGCUGCGGUAGCAAUGCUGGAUAACACCAGAAGCCAGCAUGCUACCGCUGCUGUGGUGAUGUUGGACAAAGCCAAUAGGCCUGUAGCUCUUGUGAAAAAGAUCACAGUUCUCUCUUUCGCGUCUAGUUUAUAUGUUCCGUUUUGCAGGAUAGCAUGCUAACAUGCUAGCUCUGGGAAAUCAUGGCAGUAAUGUCUGCCAUAGCUAAAAAAAAACAAAAAACAAAAAAACACAUCCAUCCAACAACGGCAACUGUCACAUUAUUACCAUAAAGAGAUGCUGUGCACUUGAUUUAACAACACAGCAAAUGGAAGAAGAAGAAACCGAAGCAGCGCUAACAGGUACGCCGUGGCCAUCGUUACCGUUCUGCCCUGCGGUGGAAAAGCGGCCGUACAGAUCCUUCUGUCUGUUUAAUAAAAGCUCAGGGCCUCACAUUUCAGGUGUCACCAACUCUGGCAUCCAGGUUUUACUUAAUCCAAAUAAACCCUUUUAUUAUUGCUGCAAUAAGCAAGGGAA